UUCUGUAAAAAUAAACGAGCAAUAAGCAAUUCUUUUUUUUUUUUACUAAAGAAUAUAUGACAUGUGUAUACAUUCCGUCUUUAUUUAUGAAAAUAUUCUUCUGAGAGCACCGUCGCAAGUCAGUUAUUACGAUAAUGAAUACUAAAGAUAUAUGAAUAUAAAAGGGUUUCAGUAGAUAGGACAGUGUAGAGUCGUGAGAGGCUAUAGAUUAGCUUUCAUAAAUAAUUUCGGCCAACCUUUUGUAUUUAUAUGUUUUUUUUGCUUUUGUACAUUUUCUUCGUUUUAUUCGCGACAAAGAUUGUUCUAAGUAGCUUUGAUACCACACUCGGCGCAUAAGUGUGAAAUAGAAUACCCGGAAUGCAAUACGAUAUUUAAGAUGAGCAUACUGAAAUUUACACUUGUAAUCUGCACAAUAGCCGGAUUCUGGCAACCACCGUCAUGGUCGUCGUUGUAUAAACAUAUAAUUUACAAAAUUUACGCGCUGUUUUUGAUCUCCUCGUUUUAUUUAUUUAUAAUAUCGCAAUUUAUGAACAUCGUACUCAAUGUCGACAACUCUGACGAACUCACCGACUCCAUGUACAUGAUGUUGACCGUGUUCGUCGCGGGUUAUAAACAAGUUUGUAUUUGGACGGAUCGUAAAACUGUCAGAAUGAUAAUCAGCGUACUCACUGACAGGCCAUUUAAACCAUCCGUAUCGGAUGAAGUAACAAUUCGAGACAAGUUCGAGAAAAGAAUACAGAUCAAUACGUUACGUUACUUGACUUUCGUGGGUAUCGGAGUUGUUUCAGUAUUUUUGUCGUCUGUUUUCAUGGACUUCAUGAAAGGAAACUUGACAUACAAAGCAUGGGUGCCGUUCGAUUAUUCAUCCCCUUUUAGAUUUACUCUUGUUUACAUUAAUCAGAUGAUCGGCAUGUCAAUGUCCGGCUUAGUUAACGUCGCUUGCGAAAGCCUGAUUUUCGGACUGUUGUUGCAUACGUGUUGUCAAUUCGAGAUACUGGAAUACAGGUUGACAAAAAUUGCGCAGAAUCAAGACGUCCUACGUGACUGUAUACGUCAUCAUAAUCUCGUGUUUCAAUUCGCGUAUACGAUGAACAGAAUGUUUUCAAAAAUAAUUUCUGUUCAAUUCACAGUAAGCAUGUUGGUGACAUGUUCCAAUUUGUAUCGAAUGACUAUGGUAAAAAAUUACGUGCAAAUCAUUCCAUUAAUGUUAUAUACAGGCUGCAUGCUAAUUCAGAUUUUCAUCUAUUGUUGGUUUGGAAAUGAAAUCAAAUUAAAAAGUGUUGAAAUGACGAAUAGUAUUUAUAACGUAGAAUGGCUGACACUUGACGUUAGCAACAAGAGAAGUUUUCUCAUCAUUAUGAAACGUUCGAUGUUUCCCAUCGAAUUUAGUAGCGCUUACAUCAUUACGAUGAAUCUUGACUCGUUUGUAGUUUUACUUAAGAUGUCGUACUCGUCUUUCAGCUUGCUGCGUCAAGCUCAAGAAUAACGAUAAAAAAAUAAAAUUGAUAGAAUAAGUAGUUCAGAAUUUAAGUAUCAAAUUGCCAUAUUUUUAUUUCACAUAUAAAUGUAUCACAAGUUUAUUAAAUGUGUCAUUUUAUUUUAAUGUUACAUAUAAAAAAUAAAAAGUAAUUAAAUUUUUUUCAGUUUUUCAAUAUGCAAUGGAAUACUGUAAUUAUGCUUAUAUAGUCAAUUUUUUCCUGUUACAUAAAAAGAUAAAUAAGUGAUUUAUCUUAUACGGUAAAAAACAAACGCACUGUCAUACAACAUACACACAUUAAAUACAUACAUUGCAAUUUAACAAACACUGCGUCUCUACAUUUAACAAAACUGAGUCUACAAUUAAAGAAUCUAUUCCGGCUCUGUAGUUUCUAAACUAAUAAAUAUAUAUUCGGUCAUUGGUUCACGCUGGAGGAAGAUGGCGUUGUUCAAAUAUAUAUAUAUAUGAAUAUUGCGAGAAAAACUCCAAGUGCCUCGGUUGCCGAAUAGGAAAGG